GCUUUAGCUAGCCUAUUUGAUUCAUUCUUCUUCUCCUUUACCAGAUUCGAUCGAACCAGAUUCAAACUUAACUUCCAUCUAUGACUCGCUGAGAAUCACAACCUUCUUCAAUUCUCACUCUAGAAGUUUUUUCCUUCCAGAUCCAACUGGAUCCGAGUCAACGCAACAAUACAUAAAAAAAGAAGUAAAAUCGAUGUGUAUUCUUACUGUAGUAAUACUAUAGUCUCCUUCACUGGGGUCCAUCGUAUCCAUUGAUUUUCGCUUCAGGAAAAUCUCUCUAUUACUCUCUAUUCGCUUCGCAUUUCCAUUUUCUGAUCCGUCAAUCCGUCAUUUCGUCUCGACACUUCCAUUUAUUACUUGUAAAGUUUGAUCUGAGAACCGACUUCACUUCUAUCACUGGAAGAAGACCGCUAUACAGUAGGGAAAGUGGAUCUGCGAAUCUGGCCGUUUUCGCAAAUCGCAAGGCUAGAUCUGGCUUUCUUUGGCGAAGCGGUUGUUGAGCUAACAUAUUCUCUCCAAAUAUACUGAAUCAGUGGCGUAAACUUGUAAAAGAUUUCCGACUGUUCUAGAGAUUUUCUUUUGAGAUCGAUUCAUAUGGAUUUGUUGAAUUGAUUUGAGCAACUCCUGCAACAAGAAAACAAAUGGGGAAAAUGAUCGAUAAAUCGCUUAUGUUGACCUACCUGUACUUAUUGGUUUAUAUUCUGCUCUCAUCUGGAGUUAUAUUGUACAACAAGUGGGUUCUCUCACCAAAGUACUUCAACUUUCCCUUCCCAAUAACACUCACUAUGAUUCAUAUGGGAUUUUCCGGAAUAGUAGCUUUUUUCCUGAUUCGUGUUUUUAAGGUUGUCGCCCCUGUUAAAAUGACCUUUGAAAUAUAUGCAACAUGUGUGAUUCCCAUAAGUGCUUUUUUCGCUUCAAGUCUGUGGUUCGGUAACACUGCCUACUUGCAUAUCUCCGUGGCUUUCAUCCAGAUGCUAAAAGCUCUAAUGCCAGUGGCAACUUUUGUUAUGGCUGUUUUAUGUGGAACAGACAAAUUAAAAUGUGAUGUGUUCUUGAACAUGUUGCUGGUCAGUGUCGGAGUUGUUGUUUCAUCAUACGGGGAGAUCCAUUUCAACGUCGUUGGUACAUUAUACCAAGUUACAGGCAUAUUUGCUGAAGCCCUUAGACUCGUCUUGACUCAAGUCCUUCUUCAGAAAAAGGGGUUAACUCUAAACCCCAUCACCAGCUUGUAUUAUAUUGCUCCAUGCAGCUUUCUGUUCCUAGCCAUACCAUGGUACUUCUUAGAGAAGCCAGGGAUGGAAGUAUCGCAGAUUCAAUUCAACUUCUGGAUCUUCUUCUCAAAUGCUAUAUGUGCAUUAGCGUUGAACUUCUCAAUUUUCUUAGUAAUUGGUAGAACCGGAGCAGUUACAAUUCGAGUUGCGGGUGUACUAAAAGAUUGGAUACUCAUAGCUCUUUCAACUGUCAUAUUUCCUGAGUCUGCAAUCACAACACUCAAUAUAACUGGCUAUGCCAUUGCAUUAUGCGGAGUUGUGAUGUAUAACUACCUGAAAGUGAAGGAGGUUCGUGCCUCCCAACCUCCGUCUGAAAAUAUCCCCGAAAGAAUUUCAAAGGAAUGGAAGUUAGAGAAGAAGUCGUCGGAUGUAUACAGACCAGAUAGCAACGACGACAAAGGUGCGGUUGAUAGAGAUAAUGAUUCAAUAGUGGACGAAGAAGCACCAUUAAUUUCUUCAUCUAGGCUAUCUUAUAUUGGUCGAACUCAGCUAAACAUUCACGAGCUAAACAACAGAUCUCAGUAACCGAAAAAAAAGCUAGUACAUUUCUUGUUCUUAAUGUAUUCAUUGCUCGAUACAAUAUCUUUUUAGCAUUUUAUUCUUUAUGAUAUCUGUUUUGUAACAAAAUUGAAUGGCAAUACGAAUUAUCCAUGUAGGUUAUUUUUCGUCGCUUUCUGCCAUCA